ACAAAACGCGUCUCCGGAGGUCCCAACCAAUGACUGCCGCGGAACUCAAAAUCAACUAUAGAGUGAAAAAAUCGAACGCCCUAAAACCAAUUUCAAUUCCGUGUUCCCCCGACCCCUCCCCGUUGGCUUCUCCAACUCCUUCCCUCUUUGUUCAUUCACCGGCACAAUUCGAACUUCAAUCUGUGUCUCCGUUUUCAAAUCAAAGAUGGAAACUUUGAAGCUUCUCGAUUUGAAAGUACGUUUGGAAUUCUAACAGCAAUGCACGAAUUCAGGGUUUUCUGUUGAUGAUCUCAAGCCGAGUUUCUGAACAAAUUGAUGGAUUUUUUGCGAGUUUCUGUCAUUGAAGCGAGUCUUUGAAGCUUCAGGAGUCGGUUGGUUGGCAUAGUUCAGAGUCGGUGGUUUUAGUUUGAUCCGAGUGGCUCGGUUCUGGGAGAGAUUGAUCGAAUAUUUCUUGCGGUUUCCGUGGGCAGAAUCGGCGCCGAAGCUCGUGAAAUUGAAUGGAGGCUGGAAUUCGAAGGGCAAUUCGCGGCUGAUCGAUUUGUAUUGUUUGCAUUAGCUUGUGUUUUUGAAGAAAUUGGCAGAGUUUUGGUUGUUCGGAAGUGCUUGAAGUGAUUUUUCUGGGUCUUCUCUACUUGGAGUGAAGAUCUGGCUUGAAAAAAAAGUGUGAUGGACUACGGGCUUUCUGAUAGCAGUGAUGAUGACCUUCCUCCUUCACAUCAGAAUAGAUUUUCAAGAGGGGGUCGUGCCUCUGGGAAUGGAAGAUCUGGAGUUUUAGGUUCUGCUCCUUUCCCAAGGAUGCACGGUGAUAUGGAGGCCCAGAUCCACCAUAUUGAGCAAGAAGCCUACAGUUCAGUCCUGCGUGCUUUUAAAGCUCAAUCUGACGCAAUUACUUGGGAGAAGGAAAGUUUAAUUACAGAACUUAGAAAAGAGUUGAGAGUAUCAGAUGAGGAACACAGGGAACUUCUAUCGAGAGUUAAUGCUGAUGACAUCAUCAGGAGCAUAAGAGAGUGGAGAAAGGGAGGCGGUCUCCAACAUGGCAUGGCUGCUCAGCCUGUACAUGAAUCCAUACCUAGCCCCACUGUUUCAGCAUCCCGCAAGAAACAGAAGACAUCACAGUCGAUAGCUUCCUUAUCCUUGGGUGCUCCAUCUCCGGCAUUGCAUCCAACUAUGCAGCCAUCUUCAUCAGCCCUAAAACAUGCUCCUACACCAAGAUCCAAGAGCAAGAAGACAAAACCAUACCCUUCUGCAGGUCUUACUGGAAGGCCCCAACUCGCUAAUCGUGGUUCUUCAGGUGCCUUUGUGGGAAAUGAAGCUGCUGAAGGUACAACCUAUGAUCCAUUAAUUGGAAAGAAGGUAUGGACAAGGUGGCCUGAAGACAACCACUUCUAUGAGGCUGUGAUUACUGACUACAAUCCUGUUGAGGGACGGCAUGCUCUGGUUUAUGAUAUUAAUACAACAAAUGAAACGUGGGAAUGGGUCAAUCUAAAAGAGAUAUCCCCUGAAGAUAUUAGGUGGGAAGGUGAUGAGUCUGGAAUGUCUCGUAGAGGUAGCCGUCCUGGACCAGGCCGUGGGAUGAAAAAGUCCAUGGCACGUGGAGGUGCUGUUACUGGUGCUGGAAGGGGUAGAGGAACUCCCAAGGGUCAAUCCAAGAAAGUUUUUCCUCCAUCCCAGAACGGCCUUGAGAAGAAGGAUGAUAGUUCCCUGGAAAUAUAUAACACUGACUCUCUAAUUAAGGAGGUGGAGAGAGUUGUCACCACAGCUAAUCCUGAUUCUGUGCAAAUUCUGGAAGUCAAGAAAAUGCUGAAGGAGCAAGAACAAGCCCUGGUUGAUAUAAUUGCAAAGCUUGAUGAAGCAUCUGAUGGCGAAAGCGGUAAUAACUAAUUACAUACUAACAUGUUAAUAACACAACAAAGAACAAAGCUUCAGCACCUUCCCUUGUAUCUUGCAUCUUUUUUUUAUUGCCUUUAUAAUUUUAAGAUUUGACCGAUACUGGCACUGUACAAAUUUUGUCAAUUAAGUUCUAAUGUUCCUUUUUCAAAUAAAGUUUUAGAGAAUGAGCAUUGAAUGGUUGCCUUGAGUUUUAUUUGAGUUCACUUUUGCAAAUUUUGUCUUCUUGAAUUGCCAUGAUUGUGCCCAUCCAUACAAACAUCUUGUACCAAAUCUCUCUUCUGAUUUAAUUUGUGUUCCAAAUUGAAAAUCAUUGAGAUGAAUAUAUAGAUUUUGGGUCUUUUGACUUCAAAAGCAGCUGCAAAAGGCCUUCUCUUAGCACAUUAUUAAUGGUGGGUGCAAUGCCAUGUUUGUUUUAUGUUUCCUUUUUCCUUGGCUCCCAACAGAGGAGGCAGGAGCACGGCAGGAAGAUGAAGCUGGUGGCGAAGGUAGAGUAGCUAAAGGUUCGAACAGUGAAAAAAUGGCUGGAGAAGAAGGGAGAGCUGCAUCCGAUGAGGGACAUGACGUGCAAUUUUAGCUUCCUUACAUGUCAAUAAUUAAGUCCCAACUGUACCAUUCCCCGCCCGAAACACAGCCAGACUGAUGGAUAACACCCCUAGGUAGUUAAGAUUUAGAGUAGGUUGUAUGAUCCUAUUCAUUGUAACUGUAAUUUAACUUUGGGAAUUCUGGGAUUGUAUUUAUGUAAAGGAUUAUUCCAAACAGUUGUAGCUUCUGAUCAUGUAAAGAUUGUUCUCAAUAUGUUUGCCAGUCUUUCUAGUUUUUC